AUGGGGAAAGCUGAGGUGGAGUCAUUGCCGGUUCAUUCUCUAGCGCUCAGCACAGUCAGACCCUCCACGCAUCUUUCUCUCUCCUCUUCUUUCCAGCGCUGCGCCUUCGCCUCCUGGACCAGAGAGAACAUCCACAAGAGGAAAUGCUGCUUCUUUGAAAAAGGUGUCAGAGAGGAUGUAUGUAAGUGUGGCUACUCAAAGACCGAUCAUGCGGAUGAGGCCAUCAAGCCGGAGGACUUCACGGGCGAGUCAUGGGACAAACACAGACAUGUCCAGGAAGUGCCCACGGAUGCUUUUGGAGACAUCAGCUUUGGUGGUUUGGGACAGAAUACGGGCAAGUAUUUGCGAGUGUCCACGGACACCAGCCCAGAAAUGCUGUACCAGUUAUUGACUGAACAGUGGAAACUUUCCCCUCCAAACCUGCUGAUCUCAGUGACCGGAGGAGCCAAGAACUUCUAUCUGAAGGCUCGUCUCAAGAACAUGUUCAACAGAGGGCUUAUUAAAGUGGCCCAGACCACAGGUGCGUGGAUCCUCACCGGUGGUACGCACACAGGUGUGAUGAAGCAUGUAGGGAAGGCUGUAAGGGACCACUCCCUGAGCAGCUCCACGCAGGGCCAGAUUGUGGCUAUCGGAGUCGCAACGUGGGGAGUAAUUCACAACAGGGACGUUUUGGUGCAUUCAGACGGUUGUUUCCCAGCCCAUUAUGUGAUGGACAUCAAGGGCCAGGGCCGACUCUCCUGUCUCGAUAACAACCACACCCACUUCCUGCUGGUGGACGAUGGGACCCAGGGACACUAUGGAGUGGAGAUUGAACUGCGUAGCCGUCUGGAGAAAUGCAUCUCCGGAAAGCGUCUCGGAAACAAAGAGAGUGGCGUGACCAUCCCUGUUGUGUGUGUGGUUUUGGAUGGAGGUCCAGGCACUCUAAAUACCAUCUAUAAUGCCAUGCUGAAUGGUACGCCAUGUGUGAUCCUGGAGGGCUCUGGGAGAAUAGCAGAUGUGAUCGCUAACGUAGCAGCUCUGUCAGUGAACCGGGUCACCAUCGCCCUCAUCCACCAAUUGAUGAAAAAGUUCUUUGGCCAAGAGUAUGAAAAGUUCCCCGACCUCUAUAUCAUAGAAUGGACCAAGACGAUUCAGGAUAUCAUCAGGAUGUCUCAGUUGCUGACAAUAUUCAGGAUAAGCGAAGACAAUCACGGGGAUGUGGAUGUGGCUAUUCUUCAAGCACUACUCAAAGCCUCGAGGACCAGCGAGUCACUGGGCAUUGAGUCCUGGAAGAGGCAGCUGGAGCUGGCUAUAGCCUGGAACCGAGUGGAUAUAGCUGAGACGGAGAUCUUCACUGAAGAGAGCCAGUGGAAGUCCAGUGACCUCCACUGGGCCAUGCACUCAGCCCUGGUUGGCAACAAGCCUCAGUUUGUCAGUCUGCUGCUAGAGAACGGUGUGAGUCUGAGGGAUUUCCUGCAGAAGGAGGAAACUCUGUGUGAGCUUUACAAACAGCUGCCCGGCUGCAUCUUCCUACGCAAGUUGGCAAAGCGGGUCCAAAGCUCUUGCAGGAAUAAACCGUUCGGCAUCAGGCGUCGAGCUCACUUGCAGCAAGGGGAAUUGAUCUCCCUGACUCAUGUGUCUGAUGAGGUGCGCCGCCUGCUGGGCAGUUUCACAAAGGCCCUCUACACUCCCUCCAACUUGCCAUACCACUUCAACAUGUCUAUGGAGGACACAUCUGUAUCUGUGAGUCGACCUUUUCCAUCAUCUACGAUUGAUUUAAUGUUUGACACACAGAGGGACCCAGGCAGAGACCUUUUCCUGUGGGCUGUCGUCCAGAACAAUAAGGAGCUGGCUGAAAUUGCCUGGGAGCAGUGUAGCGACUGCAUGGCUGCUGCUCUGGCUGCCAGUAAGAUCCUGAAGACGAUGGCACAGGAAGGAAGUGAUGUAGACGAGACGGAGACCAUGCAAGAGCUCGCCAAUCACUAUGAGAAACACGCCAUUGGUGUGUUCAGUGAAUGCAACAACUGCGACGAAAAGCGCGCUCAGAAGUUGUUGUUUCGUGCGUCUCCGUCUUGGGGAAGGACGACGUGCCUGAGGCUGGCACUGGAGGCCGAUGAUAAAAACUUUGUAGCUCAGUCGGGUGUUCAGGCUCUCCUGACACAGAUCUGGUGUGGUGAGCUUUCAGUGGACAACCCAGUGUGGAGAGUACUCAUCUGCAUGGUCUUCUUCCCACUUAUCUACACUGGCUUUCUGCUUUUUAGACGCGAUGAACUCAUUCAGAGAGAAGCUGCGAAGAACGAGGAGAUCAAGACAGUGGAGACAAUAACAGGGAGUGUGCUUCGGACAAAUUCUCGUAGCCUUCUCUCCUCCAGCCUGCAGCACCAGAAGCCUCUGGGCAGCUGGUCCAGGCUGGUGUGCCUGCACAGCUCUCCGCAGGUCAAGUUUUACUGGAAUAUUGUGUCUUACUUCGCCUUCCUCUUCCUGUUUGCUGUGGUGCUGAUGAUUGACUUCCAGACCAUGCCCUCUGCUGGGGAGGUGCUGCUUUACAUCUGGCUGUUCUCACUGGUGUGUGAGGAGGUCAGACAGUUGUUUCAUGAUCCGGAUGGCUUUGGGUUUCGUAAGAAAGCCAGGAUGUACAUCAACGACCUGUGGAAUAUUUUAGAUGUUCUGUCCAUCCUCCUCUUUAUUAUCGGCCUCGCAUUUAGGCUGACGACUGAGCUGUUCUAUGCUGGUAAAAUCUUCCUCUGCAUCGACUUUGUGGUCUUCAGCCUCCGGCUAAUGGCCAUCUUCACCAUCAGCAGAACCCUGGGACCCAAAAUCAUCAUAGUCAGGAGAAUGAUGAUGGACAUGUUCUUCUUCAUGUUCCUGCUGAGUAUCUGGGUGGUGGCGUACGGUGUGGCCAAACAAGGCAUCCUCAUCCACAAUGACAAUCGACUGGACUGGAUUGUCCGCGGGGCAGUUUAUGAGCCGUACCUCAUCAUAUUUGGGAAUUUUCCCACAAAUAUUGAUUAUGCUGCGUUUGACAUAAAUACCUGCACCAUGAAUGGCACUGAUCCUCUGAAGCCCAAGUGUCCCAUGCUGAAUGAAAACCAAACGCCAGCCUUCCCCGAGUGGCUCACCAUCAUCCUGCUUUGUAUUUACUUGCUCUUUGCCAACAUCCUGCUGCUAAACCUGCUCAUAGCCAUCUUCAACUUUACAUUCCAGGAAGUUCAAGAUAACACAGACAGAAUAUGGAAGUUUCAAAGAUACGAGCUGAUCAAGGAGUAUCACAGCCGCCCUGCUGCCCCCCCUCCUUUCAUCAUCUUCAGCCAUCUUUACCUCUUCAUCAGGAACGGGGUGCUGUGCAGGACCCCCAUCGUAAGCACAGAGUUUAAGAGCGAGCUUCCUCCGAUGGAGGAAGAGGAGCUGUUGUCCUGGGAGGCCUUGAUGAAGGACAGAUACCUGCUGUCCACACGACAGGAACAGAGUCAGAGCAUGGAGCGACGCAUCCUGGACACGGCACAAAAGGUUACCAGCAUAUCUGAUCGACUGGAGAGGGAAGAGGAGGAGAGCUCUGCUGCCACGGUGCAAAGACUGGCUCGACUAGAGGAGCAGGUCGUCCAGUCCGCCAAAGCCCUGCAGUGGAUUAUGGAAAGUCUGAAAUGUCGGGGGUUUUCAGCAAAAGAAGCACAACCACUGAUAUUGACUACAACCGACGAGUCGCCUGACAUUUACAUGUCAGACAAAGAGGACACGUGCCACGUGAACGCCCGGCAGUUUCACUACCCGAACAGCAAACUCACACGCUUCCCUGUGCCUGAGGAGAAGGUGCAAUGGGAGGUCAUCUUCAGCUCAUACAUGCCGCCUUAUUACACCUCUGAAGACAGCGGGGACCAUGUGGAUGGAUCAGAAUCAGACGAUUUAGAUAAUUACAGAAACCCAGGAGGGAGGACGGGCAUCAGGGGACGAGGUGCACUGAGCCAACUGGGUCCAAAUCUGAAUGUAGACCUUGUGCUUACACGCUGCCAAGACAGCGAGAGGUCAGUUUUAGAGUACUUGGUGGUUUGGGAUGAGAGCCAGGGAACCUUGGCCUUACCUUGCGGACCCGUCCAAACUACCGGUCACUUGCCAGUGACUCUUAAGAAAACCAUGGGAAAGAAGAUGUAUGAGAUAAUAAAUGCAAAAGUAUCAGAGGGAACAACGGUGUUUGAGGGUUACGUGGAUGACUGCAGGAACACAGAUAACGCCUGGAUGGAGAUCAUCAUCCUGAACAUUCACCCGGACAGAACGAGCCAGGAGAUGGUAGAUAUCAACAGUAUGGUGGAGAGUAGCCAUGGUGCUCUUCAGUGGCGGGAGGUGAGCGGCAAAUCCAAACUCAGCCCAAACCAAAGAGACUCCCUACGGCAGGUUGCCGAGCUGCACAACAGGAAGUUCUGAUGUUCAACAUGGCUGUGGCUGUAAAUGUGCCUCUCCAUCCACAGGGUUUCUUCAUGUGGCCUUUUGUUAAGGCUGAUUAAUUAUGUUGCACUGAAAGCACUUCUAACAAAACACUAUGAAGCCAUAAUGGAUGCUGCUGUGGAUUAUUUUUAACAAUAUAAAUUAACAAUUUCACAGAUUUUACAGGACAGUACACUGAAUGUUUAGCCAACACACUGUGCACACAGUCAUAUGUGUACACUGAGAAUAAAUACCUCAGUUUUGAGGUAGUUGUACUUCAAAUGAUUAUGUCCAUUGUAUGUUACUUCAUGCUUCGACAUCGAUACAUUUCAUAGGAGAAUAUGGUACUUUUUACUUCACUACAUGUAUCUUACAUACAAAACAUACAAAUACAAUUCAUCAUCUUACUGUAUGUAAAACGAUGCAUUGGUCUGGAUGGAAAUGCCAGACACUAUAAUAAGUAUAUAAGUCCAGCUCAACAAAAAUGCUACAAGGAAAGCAUCAAUUAUAAUGCAGUAACAUAUUUUACAGUAUAUAGUAAUAUAAACUUCUAAGAGGUAAUAUACUGUAUAAUCAGGACUGUUAUUUUAUAUAUUGUGCUGCUUAUAUAUCUGUACUUUUUCCUAAAGUGUAUUGCAGCAGUUUCACUUAUUAUGGAGGAUUUUUACUUUGUGGUACGCCACUUCUGCUUUUAUUUAAGUAAAGGAGUCAUUCUUCCAUCAUUUAAAUACUUUAUCAGCUCAAUUUCCUUUAAUUUAUUUUACAUAAUCAAGCGUUCUUGGCCUUAAUUAUUAUUAAAAACCUAAAUUGAAUUGUCUUUGGCUGCAUUUUUUAAUUAUUUUUUUAUAGA